UCUUUUCACAACAAAACUCAAACGCUAUAAUUCAAUCACAGCGAUUCAAAGAAGAAGAAUCAAACAUGGGUUUCAUUUUAAUAGCUUUUCUCUUCAUAGCAGGCUUAAUCAUCACACUUCUCACUUCACCCACCAAGAAAUUUCUCAAAUCUAAGCCAAAGGAUCAGAACAAGCCGAAGAAUCUAGAAGUUUCCAACUCCAACUCCAAUGAUCAAGAACUUAAAGGGGUGUUUUCAACAUUCGACAAGGACAGUGACGGAUUCAUAACAAAGGAAGAACUUAUAUCAUCGCUUGAGAGUGUUGGAUUUGGAAUGACAGAGAAAGAUGUAACAGAGGUGAUGAAACAGGUUGAUUCUAAUGGAGAUGGGUUGAUUGAUUUGGAUGAAUUUUGUGGGAUUUUUGAAUCGGUUAAAGAGAAAGAUGAUCAAGAGGUGAAGAACAACAUAAGUGAUGAUUUGAAGAAUGCGUUUGAGGUUUUUGAUGAAAAUGGAGAUGGGUUGAUUACUGUUGAAGAAUUGAGUUUAGUACUUUCUUCUCUUGGAAUGAAAGAAGGGAUGAUGUUGGAAAGAUGUAAAGAGAUGAUUGAGAAAGUUGAUAUGGAUGGAGAUGGGAAAGUUAAUUUUGAUGAGUUUACUAAGAUGAUGAAAUCUGGUUCAGGAAGAGUUCUCAAUGUUUCUUAAAUCAGGUUAGUUUCAUUCUUUACUGAUUUAGGGUUUGUAAAUUAUAUUUUGAUGAAUGUUUUCACAUCUUAGUAGUUUAAUUAGUAGUUUUAUGUAAAACCCUGAUUUUAAUUUCUGUUUAUUUAUUUACUUAUUGUAGCUGUUUUUGAAAGUAUUAAGUUAGUUAAGAAAUCAUGUAUAAAGUUUUCAUAUGGUUAGGAUAACAUCUAUUUUAACUUUUACUACUUGUUUUGAUGUGA